CGGAAAGGAGUUGCGUUAACUUAAAGCCAAGCUGCAACCUCAAGCUAUCUCUCCAUAUAAAACCGUUUCUCCUUCUUCCACUCUCUCUCGCACUCACGUCUUUGCAUAUUAUCUCAGUUUCACUCACUCUGUACCUAUUACGAGCGCAAUUCAAUGGCUUUACCAAAUCAACAAACUGUCGAUUACCCGAGCUUCAAGCUCGUCAUUGUUGGUGAUGGAGGCACUGGAAAGACUACGUUUGUCAAGAGGCAUCUGACAGGGGAGUUUGAGAAGAAAUAUGAACCAACUAUCGGUGUUGAAGUUCAUCCAUUGGAUUUCUUCACCAACUGUGGACAGAUCCGAUUCUACUGCUGGGAUACGGCUGGGCAAGAGAAAUUUGGUGGUCUCAGAGAUGGUUACUACAUCCAUGGGCAAUGUGCCAUCAUUAUGUUUGAUGUUACAGCUCGCUUGACUUACAAGAAUGUUCCCACAUGGCACCGCGAUCUCUGCAGAGUCUGUGAGAAUAUACCAAUUGUUCUUUGCGGUAACAAGGUUGAUGUGAAGAACAGGCAAGUUAAGGCAAAGCAGGUUACUUUUCACAGGAAGAAGAAUCUCCAGUACUAUGAAAUAUCUGCCAAGAGCAACUACAAUUUUGAGAAACCAUUCUUGUACCUUGCCCGCAAGCUUGCUGGGGACCCUAAUCUUCACUUUGUCGCAACUCCUGCUCUCGCACCUCCAGAAGUACAAAUUGAUUUGGCUGCACAGCAACAGCAUGAAGCUGAGCUUGCUCAGGCAGCUAGUCAGCCUCUCCCUGAUGACGAUGAUGAUGCAUUUGAAUAGAGGAUGACGACUUAACCACCUAAGGGUGUCUUUUUGUGGUUUUAUGUCCAUUUUUACUGUGAUGUGCUGUCAGUUUGAGAAAUAUUUCAUGGCAGGCUGUGUUUGUUUAGGAUAGGAAUCAAGGUAUUUAGAAUCAUAAACCAUAUAUACAGUAUAUGUAGUUUAUAGGGUUAUUUUAGUUGUUUGGGUGGUGCUCGUCUAUGGUAUAGAUUGAUUGUUGUCUGGGAUGCGGUACUGGUAUGGUGGAUGCAAUUUCAGUUGCAAAUUUCUGUGAAUCCUUGAAAAUAUAGAAUAUUCUUACUCUAAACCUUGCCUGUUCGUUUCAUGUA